GCAGCGACCGCAAAAUUGUCUUCUUGUGACUAACAAUUCUCAAGACAAAUGAAAGCAGUUCCAAGCUCCAAUUUAUUUCUGAGUAAUGUAAUAUGUGGAGACUCAGACAACUGUGUACGUGUGUCCCAGCGUGGAAGAAUCCUAUCACAGAAAGUUGGGAGGUUAGAAAGAGAAGAGGAGCUAUAGUACUGAGUAUUCUGUCCACAUCUACAUGAACAGACCCUUGCAUCCUGACUGAGAUGUUUACACUGGGAUAUUGAGAAAACAACAGUGUGGUGGAGGGAAGAGAUUUACAUGACACUGCAUCUCUGACAUUCUUGUUUGCUGCUGAUUCUGGAGAAAGUUAAAUCUACUGCCUUAGCUAGGUUCCAUGUGAAUGGUAAGUGGGAUCAGCCCACAAAAAUAAGACGACAAGAUGUUCUCCAGACCAAAGCCUGGGGAGUCCGAAGCAGACCUGAUACACUUUCAAAACCAGUUCCUGGCAGCCAGAGCUUCACCUGCAGUGAAGAUUGUGAAGAAAGCAGACAAGAGGAAGGGAGAGGAAAGGAACUCAGAUGCUGAGAGACCCCAGCUACAGGACAGCAAGGAUGUGGUCAUGCUGGACGAUUUUCCUGAUAUUCUCCCUGCUUUAACUCCUGGUCCUCCAAAAAAGUCCAAAAUCAAAAGUGCCUGUGUCCACUUUGAUGAUGAAGAUCCAGAGGAAAGACUAGAGAAUCAUGAUCAACACAUUACAGCAGUCUUCAGCAAAAUCAUUGAACGAGACACAAGUGCAGAAGCAGUGACCAUGCCAGCGCCCACUGGAGACCCAUUUCCAAGGAUAUUUCACCGUUCUGAGAUAAAAAGUGAGGUGAAGGUGGGAUCUGGAAGAAAAAGCAUCUUUGCACAAAAGAUGGCAGCAAGAAGAGCUGCUGAAAAGCCAGCAACAGCUCCCUCUGCUGAGUGCACUCAAAUAGCAUCAGCUUCUCUGGACGUUCUGAAUCCUGAGGGAUCAGCAGAAGAGGCACCAGAGGCUAACUCCAGCAAUGGGGAUAAUAAAGCUGAUGACGUUUUCAUCUCUCAGCGGCCUUGUAUCAUAACGGGAGAGGGUCUUGGAUGUCAAAAGAGUGAGCAGGAAGCUCAGGCUAUUCAUGAAGAGAAUGUAGAGAAACUACAGUCCAUGUCCCAGGAAGAGAUCCUGAAGGAGCAGGAAAGGCUUCUGGCUCAGCUAGAUCCCAGUUUAGUUGCUUUCUUAAAGUCACGACGCAGUGGUAAUGUAGGCCAGAAAAACGAAAUAAAAAUGGAACAGAACAGACCGGAGGAGUUUGUGGAAUCUCUGACUGUGCCUCAGUGUGGUGUACGAACGUCACUUUCCAUGCAGGAGUCAGGUCUGGAAGAAUCUGUAAGGAGGGAUGAAAAUAUGAAAAUGGAAAUCACAGGUAAGGCUGUCAUUUUCUCUCCUGAAGAUGAUGAUCUGCCUGUGAAGCCAAGGAAAGAAUGGAUUCACAUGGACAACGUGGAGUUUGAGAAGCUGGAGUGGAUGAAAGAUUUGCCUUCACCCCGGCAGAAGAAAACUAAAAAGGGAAUGCAAGCUCGAUUCAGUUUAAAAGGAGACUUGAUUCCUGCAGAUGCUGAUUUGCCUACUCAUCUAGGUCUGCAUCACCAUGGAGAAGAGGCAGAGAGGGCUGGUUAUUCUCUCCAAGAGCUCUUUCAUUUGUCUCGCAGCCAACUUAUUCAGCAGAGGACACUGGCCCUACAGGUCUUGGGUCGUAUUGUUCAAAAGGCCAGGGCUGGAGAAUUUGCUUCCUCCUUGAAGGGCAGUGUUCUGCGUCUGCUUCUCGAUGCUGGAUUUCUCUUCUUGCUACGCUUCUCUCUGGAUGAUGCUGUGGAUAAUGUCAUGGCAGCAUCUGUUGGUGCUCUCCGAGCUCUGCUGGUGUCAUCUGAUGAUGAGAAAUAUCUUGAUUGCACUUUCUCAUGGUACCAAGGGAUGGCUGCAUUCCCAUUUGUCCCCAACAAUGAGGAAGAAGAAGAGGAAGAAGAAGAAGAAUUAACUGGAACAGAGAAGUCUCAGAAUAAAAAACAAAAGGAUGAGAACAAGCCAGAUGCAGACGUAGCCCGUUACGACGUUGUAAAGGGACUUCUGAAGACACGGAUUCAGCAUCGGCUGAGGUAUAUCCUUGAGGUGGUACGACCUGUUCCAACGGUUGUCCUGGAUAUCCUGCACAUCCUGACUCGCAUAGCAAGGCACUCCUCUGAAGCAUGCAUCCAGCUGCUUGACUGUCCUCGGUUGAUUGAAACCAUUGUCAGGGAAUUUCUCCCUACUCGAUGGGAUCCUCAUGUGGCUGAACCAGGAUGUUUACUCACCAGUCUCCAUGGAGUUGCUUGCGCUGCUGCUAUGAAGUUCAUCAGAGUAUUGGCAUCUGGAGGCAGAAAUGCAACAGCCAGGCUGCUUAACAAGUUUGAAAUGAAGAGCCGGUUAAUUCGAUUUACAGCUGAAGAUCCGCAGGAUCUGCUUCUGCCAAGGGAAGAGGCCAUCAGACUGAACACUGAAGCCUUCCGGCUGUGGGCAGUGGCUGCUGGUUAUGGUCAGGCCUGUGACCUCUACCGGGAUCUCUAUCCUGUGCUGGUGAGGAUACUGCAGUCCCUGCCUGAGUUGCUCAGCACUAGCCAUGAGAAGAAUCCCAUGUUUGAGUUAUCUGUCCAGAGAGCUGCAGCAGUGGUUACUCUGCUGGUAAAUGUGACACAAACUGCAGGAUGCACGGUGGAGCUGCAGGCCAAACUGAGCAGCUGUGAAGACAGUGAACAGAUUCCACCUCCUCCAGUAACAUGGAAUCAAGUGUCAGGCUUACAGCCCUUUCUGGAGACCAGUAUGAAAAAAUUCCUGCAGGUGAUAUCUUGGACAGAAACUUGGCAAAUUCUUCAGCCUCUGACCACAACUUAUAUGAUCUACCUGGGAGUUUAUUACAGUGCUUGCAGUCAACAGCCAUCAGUCAAUCCAGUUGACUGCUUAGAGGAAUUGGAACGUUUGACAUCUGAGGUGCUGCAGCCCCUGCUCAGCCAGCCAGCCAUGCACAGCAUGUGGGAUUUGCUCAGGCCAUGUUCUGCUCUGUGCAACCCUCUGUCCUGUUCCCCAGCACCUGAAUCUGUCUUCAGCAUUGUAUCUUUGAGUUGUACUGGAGGCAAACUUCCUCUGAGCCUAGUUGGCUCCAAGUCACCCUUCCCUUUCCUCACUGCCCUCCUAUUUCUCAUCAAUAGCAUCACCCAUAUUCACAAAGGACUAAUCAGCAAGUACAGCUCUGUGCUGAGCUUUGAAGGCCUGAAGGAUUAUCUGCAUCAAAGCUGGCAGACUGCACCCCCCUCAGUAACUCCCGCAUCUGCAUGGAUGCUGCGCCAUGAGUAUCAUCUGCAGUACUUCGCUUUAGUAUUGGCUAGGAAAAUGGCAGGCACUUGUCCGGAUUACAGCCGUCAUGCCUCGCUCUAUCACUGUGUUGCCAUGGCAUUGCUGAGCCGUCUGUUGCCGGGGAGCGAGCAUCUGGCUUAUGAGAUCCUGCUGGAUCUUGCUUUUAAUCCAGAGUUUCUUCUUGAAGGGAAAACUGGAGGGCCAGAAGCAGCUGACUUUUCUGAUAUUUUGCAUCUGGGUGCCAGUGCCAAACUGUCACAGCCUGGCUCUGCAGCAGCAUCUUCUUCAAAGCCUACUCGUGGUGCCCUGCUGAGAGACUCAUACCAGAAUCUGCCUGCCAUCCGCUCCUGCUACCUCUCUCAUUUUGUUCACUUGCAGCCUGCCCUUGUGCAUUCCCAAGCAUCCUACCAAGGACGUAAUUACCUCAUCCAAUCAAUGCUGCUUCCUGAAGUCAGAGGGCCCAUCCUGCCUUCAGACUGGCCGUUCUUUCCACUUAUCAGCCUCUACAACAAAGUGACUAAUGCAGAGACACGUGGGGCUGUGCUGAACUCUCUCCCACUUGAUCUAGUCAACACUGUGACCUGGAACCUUCAGUGGGUCUUACUGCUGGAAACUUGGCGUCCUAAAACCCUUCAGACCAUCCCUACUGCUGCCAGACUUGCACGACUUAUGUGCAUCUUCCUCACAGGCAGUGACCUCUUUCUAGAAGCACCAAUCCACUGUUACACGGCUGCACUUCUUUCUGUGUACUGCCAGCCCAAGGCUCUGGACUCUCUGAACUUGGAUGCUCCACUCCCUGGUUUGGCAUCCUUCCAUGAUCUCUAUAUAAGUCUGCUGGAGCAGUUUGAAGGUGUCUCCUUUGGAGAUCCACUCUUUGGAGUCUUUGUUCUUCUACCUUUGCAGAAGCGUUUCAGUGUUCAUCUGCGUCUCUCUGUUUUUGGGGAGCACACAAGUAUCCUGCGGGCACUGGGAGUGCCCCUCCAGCAGUUUCCUGUGCCUCUCGAGCGAUACACUUCCCCUCCUGAGGAUAACUUGAACCUCCUGCGACAUUACUUCCGAACACUGGUCACAGGUGCACUGCGCAGCACCUGGUGCCCUGUUCUUUAUGUGGUGGCCGUGGCUCAUGUGAACAGCUUUAUUUUCUCCCAAGACAGCACAACUCAGGAGGCUGAUGCUGCUCGGAAAAGCAUGCUGCGAAAGACUUGGCUCUUGGUGGAUGAGACCUUGAAAAAGCACCUUCUCUACUACAGACUGCUGAAUGCAGAGAGUCCUUUGGGCUUUGAUCUUUAUGAGCAACUCCCUCCUAUACGACUGAAGUACCUGCAGAUGGUGAUGCAAAAAGACAAUAAGGGGAAUGCACCAGUGCUUGUCUCAUAGCUAAACACCUAUAGAAGAGGACAGCUAGGGGGAAGAGCAGAAGAAAAUUAUGCUUCACUGAUGAGAAUAUACACAUUUCAGAUUGUUUAAGUGUCUUUCUUUGACACUCGUGGAAUCUCUGCAAAGUGAAACACUGAUAGAGUGCUCCCAGCCCUGCUGCACAGCACAGAUCUUCUCAAGAUAUGGCAAUAUGUGUCUGUGGUCUCUUUCUUAUGAAUGCUAGAGCAUUUUCCAGAAUACUCUUUCAGAUUGUUCUGCUUCAUCCUGGAGGAGGUGAAAAUGUGUCUGAGAGACACUGGACUGAUGAAUAAACAAAAAGAACUGGAAAAACAAACAACGUUUCAUUGAUUCCAACAGGGGAUUGUGAAUUCUUAUGAUGAUGUCUGUCUUCCUCUUGCUUUUUUGUGUCUUGGAUUUUGAGUGGUUCCUUUCCCCUGCAGCUCCCAGCAAAUAGAGUGACAACAUGGGAGGAAAAAACUAAUUUCUGUGGGGGCUUUGUUUGUUUGUUUGUUUUUUAUAAUUUUGAUUCUCCAAGAUAUUUCUUGAGGAUUGUAUUCUGUGCACAUUAUCAGUCAGAUUUUAUUGUGUCAUACCUUUAACAAACAACAGAUCCUGAUGCAGUGGUGUAAA